GAUAACGAGAAAGAAGGAGCACUAAUUUUCCCGCCUAAAUGACUCUCAGUUUGUAGGGAAAUGUGCGAGUAGGCCCAAAUGUUUGUCGAACGCCCGAAAGAGGAAGUUUAUGACAUCAUAUCAACAGAGAGGGUACUAAUUCUAGUAUCACUGGAUGUUGAUGCGCUAUGUGCAUGCAAGAUACUUCUAUGGUUGUUCCAGAGAGACCAUGUCCAAUACACAGUUAUUCCGAUUGAAGACGUCACUGGCCUUAAGACAGUGUACGAACAACACAAAGACCAAGUGAAGCACUACUUUUUGGUGAACUGUGGUGCUACUUUUAACGUCAGCGACGGUUUGGACCCAGACGAAGAAGCUAUUUUCUACAUAGUAGAUAGCCAUCGUCCGUUUGAUUUGGAUAACGUAUACAAUCAAAGUCAGGUCAAAAUAUUGAUAAAAGAUGGUGAUACAUUCGAUGAAAUUCCAGAUUUUGAAAAAGUUUACGAUAGCCAGGAUGUACAUAGCUCGGAGCAGGAAGACGACGAUGAUUUAGACCAAAACACUAAAGAUUUGGAACCAUCUUCUAAACGUCAACGAACCAAUGAAGGCUCGUAUCUAAGCAAGAACGCUAGAAAAAGAAAAUGGGAACAGGAAAGAGAAAAGAUCCUUUUUCAAUACUACGAGUAUACAUUUUAUGGAACGUCAUCUGCGGUUGUCAUGCAUGAGUUGGCCUGGAAAAUGAGUAAAGAUAAUAACGACCUGGUCUGGUGGGCCACCAUUGGCCUUACGGAGCAGUAUGUGCAUGAAAAGGUCCUGAGGGAAACAUACGUCAGCAACGCUGCCAGCCUUCAUGAACAUAUCCUAAGAUUGAACGUAAAUGAGCAAGAUUCUUCUUCAUCUAUAAGUUCUCUCAGGCUCUCCUACGAAGACGAUCUUGGGAUUACUUUGUACAGACACUGGUCACUUUUCGAUAGCAUUUGCAACACAAGAUACACUGCAUGCAAGUUUCGAAUUUGGACAAUGAAAGGGCAGAAGAAGUUACAUGACUUUUUAGCUAGUCUUGGGCUGCCCAUUAUUCAGUGCAAGCAAAACUUUUCGUCAAUGGAUGUUCAGCUCAGAGGUGAUGUCAAAGAUCUAAUAGAGGAAAACUGCAAGAAAUUCGGAGUUGAAGAUAUCAGCUGUCCGUCAUUUACUGCCCAAUAUGGUUUCCGAAAUAAGUUUUGUGCAGCUGAUAUUGUUUCCGCUGUUAGUGCCACGUUAGAAGAUGGGAGUGACAGCAAAAGUUAUUCGGAUAAUUUCUUGGAAGCCCUCGACGUUCUUUCUAGAAAUCAAGUGGAUAAACUUCAGUCAGCUCUGGAACUUGCAAAGCGCCAGACGGAGGCGAUGGUUGAUCAGGUGCGCUCAUUCAUAGACAUGCACCAAACUGUAUGUGCCGGCCCAUUUUUGUAUGCUCACGUGCAGGAGGGCACUCCAAAUGCACACCAGUUUGCCAGACCAACAAUCAUCCAAAAGCUAGCACGAUUCACGCUUCACGCCUACUCAGCCAUGACAAAGAGGAAAAAGACAAAAAAUCUUCCGUUCAUUCUUGCUGUGCCACGUGAGAACGAUGAAGGUACCUGCCUUUUGACUGGUGUUCCCCCAAUUGGAGAGGAUUUUACUCGCAAUUUUUUUGGGGCUGCAUUCGAUCAUGCAGCUGAAAAAACAAAAGCACGCACAAAUCAAGAUUACUUUGAUCCAACAGUUAUUGAAAUGAAGAGUGAAGACCGGAGCAAGUUUUUUGAUGCUCUUUCUGCAUUACUUGUCUAACAACAGUGGCAGAAGGGAACAAGUUACAGAAGGGAUCCAAUGUAAAUAGUUACCAAAAUAAAUACCACUAUUUAGCAUCAUAAGCGAUACUUUUUUUUAAAAAUCUGGCAUCAUUA